AUGGCGAAACGUCAGCUCACUCAACUGGACGUUGCCGGCAAGACGGUCCUGGUGCGCGUCGAUUUUAAUGUUCCCAUCGAGCAGGGCGUGGAGAUAAUCGCCCAGUACGAUCAGCGGUUGCGGGCAACGCUGCCAACGAUAGACUACCUGCUGGAACGCGAUUGCAAGGUCGUGCUAUGUUCGCAUUUGGGCCGACCUCGGGGCAAGGUGGACGAGGCAUUGCGGUUGUUCCCGGUGGGAGAUCGCCUGAGUGUGUUGCUCGGUCGUCCGGUUACCAGUUUGUCGGAUUGCAUCGGGCCGGACGUUGCCAGUGAGGUAGCUGCGAUGGAAAGCGGCCAGGUAUACCUGCUGGAAAACCUGCGCUUCCACGAAGGCGAGGAAAAUAACGACGACGCUUUCAGCACAGAACUGGCAGCGCUGGCCGAUUGCUUCGUGAUGGACGCGUUUGCGGUAGCGCAUCGCGCCCACGCAUCUACGGUUGGGCUCCCCAGAAUGCUCCCGUCGGCGAUGGGAUUGCUGAUGCAGCGCGAGGUCGAAUCAUUGGGGCUGGCGCUCACCUCGCCGGAGCGGCCGCUGGCAGCGCUGAUGGGCGGCGCCAAGGUCAGCGACAAAAUCUUGGUGCUGGAAAACCUGCUUGGAAACCUCGAUCGCCUGUAUAUCGGUGGCGGCAUGGCCGUUACCUUCCUGGCUGCCCUGGGCAAACCGGUGGGUGCAUCGCCGGUGGAGGCAGACCGACUGGACUUUGCCCGCGAAGUCAUUGACCGGGCCAACCGGGGUACCAUCGAGUUGCACGUGCCAACGGAUAUCGUCGCCGCCAGCGAGUUUGAGCCGCACCCGGUGGAAUCUCAGACCUUCCCGGUGGACGGGGUGCCCGACGGCUGGUACAUAAUGGACGUGGGCAAUGCCACCGCCCAAUCCUUCGCCCGGGGGCUGGCAGACUGCAAGACCAUCAUUUGGAACGGGCCGAUGGGUGUGUUCGAGAUGGAACGAUUCAGCGCCGGCACCCGCACGGUGGCGAAUGCCAUCGCGGGGUUGCCCAACGUGACCACCGUAGUCGGCGGAGGUUCAACUGCCGAAGCGGUGGAAGCAUUGGGCCUGGAAACCAGCAUGACUCACGUGUCCACCGGCGGCGGCGCCUCUCUGGAGUUCCUGGAGGGUCGAGAGCUGCCGGGGAUAGCGGCAUUACCUGACGCAUAA